AUGGACUCAAUCUCGGCAGAACCCUCUAUGGAUUUGCCUGUGAUAGACCUCGAUGUCUACCUCAACAAUCCUGUCGACUCGGAGGCUGUGCAGGAAGAAUGUCGCAAAGCAGCCAGUGCCCUUAUCACCUACGGAGCUCUUGUACUUCACGACAGCCGCGUCUCAGAAAAGGACAACUCAACUUUCCUUGACAUCCUCGAGGAUUAUUUUGCACAGCCUGUAGAAAUUCUCAAGAAGGAUGAGAAGCCUGAGCUGAGCUAUCAGAUCGGUGUCACACUAGAAAACACCGAAAAGCCAAAAUGUGCGGUUGAUGAGCCUUGUUUGGAUGUAAUCCAGAGACUUGACCCAUCACAAAGACCGCUAGACAUCACAGCACACUCUCCUGACCCGAAAUGCAGGUUCUUUUGGAGGAUGGGGGAGCAACCGCCUUUCGAGACUGAGUUUCCUGGUUUGAACGCCGCAAACGUUGUGCCCGAAGCCCCUCACAUCAAGGACCGCUGGGAACCGGCCAUGAAUCAAUGGGGGACAUCUAUGAAGAGCGCCGUCUCUAAACUUGCAGAAAUGGCUGCCGUUGGCCUGGACUUGCCGGCUCAGUUCUUCAGUGACGCUGGGAAAUACGGACCUCACCUUCUUGCUCCCACAGCUUCAGAUCUAACCAAAUAUGGCCAAAAGGAUACCAUUCUCGCUGGUUUCCAUACCGACCUCAACUUCCUCACCAUUCAUGGGCGCUCCCGCUACCCAGGCCUUCACAUUUGGGCUCGCAACACCGGGAACCGUAUUGCGGUAAAGAUACCACCGGGGAACUACUUGUUGGUUCAGGCGGGCAAGCAGCUCGAGCACAUCACUGGUGGACUCAUAAAGGCGGGCUUCCAUGAAGUCAUCGUCAACGAUAAGACCAUCGAGACUAUCGAGAAGAGGAAGCGCGAGUUCCCUGACAGGCCUCUUGUCAGGAUCUCAAGUACCUUGUUCUGGCAUUUGGGAAGUGACGUUGACCUAACACCUGUACCCAAGCUUGCUGCGAGAGUGAAGGAAGUCAGAGAGCGCCAGAAGGAACUGGGACGAGACGAAGGGCGAGAGGUUGAGUACCCCCCUAUGAAGGUUGGACACCAAGUACAGGCGAAUAUCUGCAGGCCAAUGGACAUGCGGAACAAUGAUUUAUGA